AUGUUCGCCAACGGCCUUUUCUCUUGGUUCUCCUCCCCCUCCAAGCAGGAGGAGGCUCCUGCCACCGACGCUACUACCAUCCAGGCUCAGCAGCCCACUCGCCCUGACGGCCCCAGUAUGGAUGGUGCCUCUGCGCAACCCAAGUCCGAGCAGGAAAUGAACCUUCGUGGCGGUGGUGGAGGUGACGUCUGCUGUGGCGUCUGCGCCGGUCUCCUCUGCUUCGAGUGCUGCGAGGACUGUUGCUAA